UUUAUUACACUAACAAUUGUACAAUCUAUUAUACAAGUGUCGCAAGUACAUGAGUUCCUGAGCUCGUUCAAGUUGUCCAGUCUUGUCAUUAAAUCCAUCGUCAUUAAUAGUCAUUAAACCCAUCAUUGUCUAAACCGGGCACUCGACCAUGCGCUCGAGAAGCCUCUUACCAGGCGUUCAGGUGCAUGUACCUGGUACCUUUCCAUUUAAGACUCCUCGUACACACUGAAUACACUUGUACAAAGCGACCGGAUACCCUUUUCCCAGCCACCCGUUCUCGUUCCAGGGCAUUCCGGGCACCGGGCACCCGUGUGUUCGGGCACCUACCGCGAGGUCUCGCGUCGAUCGCCGAUGAGAUCACCGCAUUUUACGGCGGCAGGUGUUCCGGGCAGGUGGAGGCGUCCGCGCGACAAAGAGGGACCCUCGGAUGGAUCCGGGGAAUCGGCCGGCCGAGGGAGACGGAGCGAGACCGCGGAGAGAGGAGGACCUCGCGUGCCUCGACUGGCUAGCUCAGUCGUGCCCCGUGCAUCGAACUCUUCGGAGCCGGUUCUACGGUCGAGGGUAUCCAAGGUUCCAGGAUCCGCGACCUCAUCGGUGGGACCCCGGAGGAGGGUCCCGCGCUCCCUCGGGAUGGCUUCCGAUCGCUUCCACAAGGCAGCUCGCGAGGACGCGGUGUGGAUCCUUCACGAGGCAACGAAGAAGGACUCCAAUGCGAAGGACGAGCUGGGAAUGACGCCGACGCUCUGGGCGGCUUAUGCAGGACGCGUCGAGGCGCUGACGGUCCUCAUCGCGAAAGGGGGCGACCCGGAGAAGACCGACAACUUCGGGAACACGGCCCUCCACCUGGCGGCAGGUAGGGGCCACGAGUAUUGCGUGCAGUACCUGGUGAAGCUCGGCUGCAACAUCUGGGCCCUGGACAUCGACCGGCACUCGGCGUGUCAGCUAGCCUCGAUAAACGGCCGGGAGAGGAUCCGCCAGUUCCUGGACAUGGCGCAGACCCACCAGGAGUUGCAGAACCGGAAGCGAGCGAAGAUGCAGCGCGAGAGGGCGGAGAAAGACGCUGAAAAAAGGUUGAAGGAGUACAUGAAACGCGAGCGGGACGAGGAGAUCAAGGCGGAGAAGGAGCUGAAGAGGCUGCUGAAGGACCGGGCGAAGCUGGACGAGGGCUCGAAUCGGUCCGGGGUUCUGCCGCACCGGCCGAGCAUCCUGACGUUCAAGGGUAGAGUGAAACCCUCGCCGACCUUCAGCGACAUCGUCGGCACGGCGACGAAGAGGCACGGCAGCGCAGUGGGCAGGAAGGCGAUGGCCAGGAAGGCCCUGGACGAUUUCAAGGUCGUCGAGGUCGAGGUCGACGGCAAGAGGUCGGUGCGCAGUCUGACCGGCUUCAGGAGGGACUCCGAGGUGAUGUACGUAGGGACGUACGAGACCCAGGCCCAGCAGCAGGGCAGAAGAGGGCGCGUCUCGGACGUCUGGGGUACCCUGGGCAAGGCACAGAGCACUCCGGACCUCCUGGGGGACCGAGGCUUCUCCGAGGAGGAGGAAGAGGACCCGGAGGACGAGGAGAUCGAGCCGAGGAUCGCGGAGGGCUCGAUCCUGCUCCAGGAACCGACCAGCAUCUUCGCCCCAGGGUUUGGAUCCGUGGCCUUCCGGCGAUCGGCAUCGACGACUCUGGACACCCUGCCGAUGACUCAGGUGGACGUGCACAGGCAGAGUCUCGGGGGCUUCGAGGGCUCGACCAACGGGUCCAUCAAUGGGCUCCGGAAAAGCACGAACGGCCUGAACGAAGAGGUCAGCAUCGGGAGUGCCGGGAGUCUGGCCAGGAGGCAGAGCAUCUGGGAGGACGACCCACCCUCCGACGACGAGGAGGAGACCGACGAGGAGUGGACGCCCCUGCAGAGGUUCCUCGCGGCGAACAAUCUCACCUCGAUCCAGAGCAUCCUGGAAGCCGAGCAGAUCGACCUGGAGGCUCUUAUGCUGUUGACCGAGGCCGACGUGGGGGCCUUGAAGCUGCCUCUAGGACCCAGGAGAAAACUCACCAACGCCAUCGCCAACAGGAAGAAGGCCCUGGAGGCUCCGGAGACCGUCAUCAGGGACAGCAGGCUCUAGGAUGGGCCUCCAGGUUAAAUUUCCUCGAGGCCGAGCUCGGUCCUCCGGGGAAGAUCCGCGCCGUCCGAACUGCAGGAGGUACCGGAGAACCUGACCUGGUUCCCGUCUCUCUUCAAGUGCCUAAAACCUACGAUUAAAUUGUACAUACAUUAUUAUAAUAAAUCCAAGUGCAUCUCACAGAGCCAGGGGUAUCA